UUUGGAGAAAGAGUGUUGAAUUUGGGUCGUGGUAGUGUUGGUGGUAAAAUUUGUAGGAUUUAGUGGAAUACUUGUAUGUAUAGUGGUAUUCCAAUUGAAAACUGUUUUGUAGAGGAAACGGCAAAGGAAGUAAUGCCACAGGAGCAGGAGGGUUCGAUCAGGCGGAGGAGACAUUUGGAUAGGUCUGCAGGGGAUACAGAUGAUCGAGGUUGGACUCCGCUUCAUAUUUGUGCAAGGAAAGGCGAUCUCAAGGAGGUGAAACGACUUCUCAAGGAAGGAAUGGAUGUAAAUGUGGCUGCACGGGGGCCAAAAUCACAUGGUGUUACCCCUCUCCAUCUUGCAGCCAAGGGUGGCCAUCUCAAAGUGAUGGAUGAAUUGCUUGACCAAGGUGCUGACAUUGAUGCACGCACUAAGGGUGCCUGUGGCUGGACCCCACUGCACAAUGCGGCUAAAGAAAGAAAGAAAAAAGCAAUCAGAUUCCUGGUAGAAAAUGGGGCAUUUUUGCCCGAUGAUAUUAAUGACACGAGGUUCAAUCCGCCGCUUCACUAUUGCCCUAGUCUUGAAUGGGCUUACGAGGAGAUGAGACGUCUCCAACAAGACAACUCCACAUCUAGCGAGAUAACCUCUUCCAGCUCUGAAAACUGAGCCAGACUCGCUCUACUGCCAUAUAUUGCAAGGCUUCGUCUAUGAAAUAUUAUCUACUACUUUUCCUAGUAAAAAUGCACUGUGAUUUGGAGUAAAAUGCACUCUGCCAUAAUUUGUUCUGUUUCCUGUACCGUGUAAUCCAUCUUCCAUACCCUGCUUUGGUGCUACAUGCAUGCAAGUGGUUGUUGGUGAAGAUUUUUUAUGAAAUGGCUUUUUAAGACU